UAAUGUUAUUGGGUAAAAAGGUGAAGUAUGGCUCUAGCGGCGAAGCUAGCUCACACCAACUUUUGUGAGGAGAAGAUAGUUGUGCAUUUCUCACUCAUCUGAGAAGAUAGUGUAUGCAACAACUUGCCUCGCCUGUGUUAUGUCAGGCGGCCUAUUGAGGCUUGGUGGAUCGACAAUGGAGUCCCAAAUACCCCGUGCGGUACAGGUAGCCGUUGUGAUUUUGAGUGUGGCUACUCUGUCCUCUCAGGUAAUCCUAUCACCGAGAGAUAUUUUAGUGGCAAAUCGGAAAAUAACAGUACCGCUUGGACGUUCGGUGUUUGUAACCCCGAAUGAUUUGCAGAUCAGGGUUUGGCCAGGUGACAGUUGUAAAGUUACUGUGUUAGACACGACAGAUGCAUUGUCCCAGCGACCAGGUAGGCUAAUGCCUUCGGAGUUUCCAUGUGACUUCGAUAUGCAAGAUGUCCAGUAUUCGCAUUUCGGAGCUCGUAAUCCGGCCGAGGAUAGAGUGCGAUUACAGAUUCGAUAUGAUUCUCCGUCUCAAACAAUCAUCAUUCCGUUCACGAUUCAAUUUGAAGUGUCGUUCGUGCAACUGGAAGUUGUCACGCGGAACUUGCCCAUUGCAGUUUCAAAGUUGAUGGGAAUUAGUGAACCGAUUAAUAAGGAGGUGUUGGAGUUUGCCUACGACCGUCCUAACCGGCUUUGUAAAGUGACAGUUUUGAGCAGUGCCAGUGGAUUACCCCGUUACGGCGUUGUCAUGAACGACACCACACGUCUGCAGAUGGUUGACUGUGACGAGUUUUUGGAAAUGGGGGUGAGAUACCAACACACUGCUGAGAACAAUUCUCCAGACAGAGAUUUCAUACCCUUGGUUGUUGAAUUAAUGGACCUGGAUGGGAAUUUAGAUAAACAGGAAUAUUUCCAAGUUAUGGCCAGAAUUCAGGGUGGGUUGGAAAACACCCGUCCACAAGCGAGUUACAGUGCCUUGUUAGUCAUGGAGGUAGACCAGUUUGUCAUGACGGCUAUUACACCAGAGAUUCUUGCAGCAGAAGAUCUUGAAACCUCACCUGACAAAUUGAUUUUCAAUAUCACCACCCCCCUCAGUCCAGGAGAGGGUCAUAUUGUGAGUACUGAUGACAGGAAUCUGCCAAUUAAGUCGUUUUAUCAGAAAGACAUUACAGAUCUCAAGAUUGCUUACAAGCCACCCCCUGAGGACUCCUAUGUUCAGAGAGUGUUCCAGGUAGCUUUUCAAGUAAUUGACUCCGAUGGUAUGUCAUCGGUGGAUCCUAUAAUGUUAAUGAUUGUUGUAAAGCCAAUGAAUACCCUUGCACCUGUUGUAACAAGGAAUACUGGAAUUCAGUUGUUUGAGGGACAAUCUAGGGUAUUAAGGAGUGACAAAAACUUUCAAAUUUCUGACGAAAAUGAUUUGGAAAAUGUGAGAAUCUUUGUCGCAGAUGGGCUCCGUCAUGGUCAACUGGACAUGCCUGCUGGUCAGAAAUUUUUCACUCCAGCCGAUCUGGAUCGUGGUGCAGUAGUAUAUCGCCAUGACGAUAGUGAUACUUACAGUGACAAUAUCAUCUUUCGAAUGACCGAUGGAAAAAAUGAGGUCGAGUUUCUUUACCCAAUUACAAUCUUCCCUGUGGAUGAUGAACCACCGAUCCUGAAUGUGAACACAGGAUUAGAAAUCAGGAAAAAUGAAGUGGCCGAAAUCUCCCCAUUUGUAUUGAGUGCUACAGAUAUUGAUAGUGAUGAUGCAAGCAUCAGAUUUGUCCUGGAACGCCCCUUCUCCACAGAGGGAGUCAUCCUCCGGCGACAGUUCCAGACACCACCAGAUAUUGAAAACUGGCAGCUGAGGAGUGGAGUUUACGAGCAAGUUGUGAGCGAAUUCACCCAGCAGGACAUUGUAGAUGGGAAAAUGUUCUAUCAACAUGUUGGUCCACACAGAUCUGACUUUGUGAUUGACAAAAUCAGGUUCCGAUUGGCGGAUGGGGGUGACCCUCCAAACCAAUCUGGUUUGGAAGAGUUUAUUGUGAAGAUUGCCCCAGUUGAUGAUCAGCUCCCUUACCUAUAUCCAAACACUCCUCUUUCCAUGAGUGUCAGCGAAUUUGAGACAACUACGUUCAAGAGGAAGUUCUUGAGGUACACCGAUGAUGAUACCGAUGACCGGAAGCUGAAGUAUGAUAUCACAGUGUUGCCAUUUGACACAGAUCUGAACACUCCUCUGGGACCUGGAACCAUUGUAAAAUGUGAUCACCCAGGUAGGGGUGAGCUGUCCUCUUUCACACAAUCUCAGGUGAACCAUCACAAGAUCUGUUUCAAGCCUCCUAGCGCUGAUAUGGGAACUGUGCCGAGGAUUAUCCAGUUUGCCUAUACAGUAACAGAUGCUUCUGGAAAUGUGCUGCCUGAUCAGAGAUUUACCAUCAAUGUGAAACCCGUGGAUAACAAACCACCUGAAGUAUUCAACAGAGGAGUUGAGAUUGAAGAAAAUGGGUACGCUAUCAUUGACACCAGCAUGUUGGAUGUGCAGGAUGUAGACACUGGUGAUGAUGGUAUCAAGUUCGAGCUUGUGGAGAUCCCCCUCCAUGGAAUUCUGCAGCUUGAUGAGGUAGACAUGGGAGUUGGGGACCUGUUCGGCAAGGAUGAACUCAGCAAUGGCAGAAUCCUGUACUUAAACACUGGGGAUGAGAUAGAUAAUGAUAGAUUCAAGAUAGAUAUUACAGAUGGAGUACAUCAUGUUCCCAUUACUUUCAAGGUCAAAGUGAAGUCCAUUGAUGAUGAAGCCCCCAAACUGCUUGGAAAUGUACAGGCAGGAAUUCUUGGGAUUACGAUCAAAGUGCCAGAGAGCUCUCUGGUCACCCUUACAGCUGAUGAUUUUAGAGCAACUGAUCCUGACACAGAGGAUUUGAGGUUGAACUUUAUUGUGGAGAGAGUUCCUUAUGAAGGAUUUAUUCUGAACAGAGGAGAGAAUACUGAUAGGUUCACUCAGAAGGACAUCAUUGAUGGUCACAUUCAGUACCAGCACACUGGUGGGGAGGUCGGAGCUAACGGGAGGAAUGACACUUUCACACUGAUGCUGACUGAUCGGUCAGAUGAAUUCAAUGUAGAGGGGAACAAGAUAAACAGAAUCAAUGUGGAUGUCAAGAUCCUGGCUGUGGACAAUGAAUCUCCCAUUGUGACCGUAGUGGAAGAGUUUGAUGUUCGUGAAAAUGACAAGUCUCCAAUUCUUCCCAUUCAUCUGGACGCCAUGGAUAUUGAUACAGACGACAAUGAGAUAGUAUGUACUGUAACCUCGGCACCAACCUAUGGUUAUAUUGAGAAUGAAUCGGCAGCGCCUGGUUCUGAGAAAUCCAGAGUUGGAAUGCCAGUUUCUGCAUUUACUAUUGGCGAUGUCAGAAGAGGCAGCAUCAACUAUGUCCAAAGUGUUCAUGAAGGAGUCGAGCCAAGGCGGGACAGAUUUGUGUUCAGGUGCUCCGAUGGUAUCAAUAACUCCCCAAGUUACGACUUUAACCUGGGUAUCGUACCAAACAAUGAUGAAGAACCCAAGGUGUUCCUUAGAGAGUUCAUGGUCCUUGAAGGCAUGAAUCUGAUGAUUGACACACCCAUCCUGAGUGUGGUGGACGGUGAUGACCCACCAGGGGAAAUCACGUUCUACAUCACCAAGAAACCAGAACAUGGUGCUAUUGUUCAGCAGAGGCCAAGUGGAACAUAUCCCAUCGACUCCUUCACUCUGAUUGACAUCUCUGGAGAAUCCACCAUAGAAUAUGAACAUGAUGACACUGAAACCACAUCUGACUCUUUUGAAUUCCUUCUGACCGAUGGAGUUCACAAUGUCACUAAGACAGUUCCUAUUAUAGUUAUACCAGUGGAUGACGAAACACCACGACUGACCGUCAACAAUGGACUUGAGCUGGAGAGAGGUGGAGAGAUCAAGACCAUUACAGAUGAACACCUUAAGGCUGAGGACUUGGAUUCCAAUGACCCAGACAUUAUUUUCAUUAUAAGAAGAAUACCCAAGUAUGGAUAUCUUCAAAGAGAUCUCGGACGUGAAAGGUACCAGAACUUGACUCUUGGACAGAACUUUACCCAGAGAGACAUUGAUGAGAGGAAGGUCCAGUAUGUUCACACAGGGCUGGAAGGAGUUCGGGAUCUCAUCAAGUUUGAUGUCACUGACACUCUUAACCCCCUGAUUGACAGAUACUUCUAUGUGACAGUGGAAGGAAUUGACAUGACAUUCCCAUCCGUUAUCAACAAGGGCGUGGAACUCCCCGAGGGAGGGAGGGUGACUCUGACAACUGAUCUCCUCAGCGGAACUGAUCUCAACACACCAGAUGAGAACCUUCAGUUCAUCGUCACCCGUGCACCAGGUCGAGGUCACCUGGAGAGCACUGACAUGCCCGGUGUCCCCAUCACUGCCUUCACACAGCUAGAGUUGGCUGGAAAUAAGAUCAGAUACGUCCAUUCCAGUGAGGAUGAAAUGAAGAUGGACAGCUUUGAGUUUGAAGUGACGGACGGAUUCAACCCAGUUGCCAGAACCUUCCGGAUCUCUCUCAGUGAUGUGGACAAUAAGAAGCCGAUUGUCAUGUUCCAGACUCUGAGACUGAAAGAAGGUGACAAUAAGCUUAUUACUCCCUUUGAGCUGAGGGCUGAUGAUCGAGACACCUUGGAUGAGAACAUCCUGUUCACCAUCACUCAAGUUCCUGUUCAUGGUAACAUCCUGUUCAACAAAACCAAGAUUAUUGCGACAUUUACCUUAGAAGAUCUCCAUGAGAACAUGAUCAGCUAUCAACAUGAUGGAUCUGAAACAAAGAAGGACAGUUUCUCCUUCACCGUCAGUGACGGCACACACUCCGACUACUUUGUCUUCCCUGAGACAACAUACACAACCAGGCAGCCUCAGAUGAUGCAUAUCGAGAUAGUCCCGGUGGACAACGGCACUCCUCAAAUUGCCAUCAACAAAGGUGUGUCUACGCUUGUCAGCAUGGAUGGUGGUAGUCUUGGAUUCCCUAUCACGGAGAAAUACCUGCGUGUGGAGGAUCGUGACAGUCCUGAUGACGGCCUCAAGUACACCAUCACAGUGGAACCAGAGCAUGGUUACAUCAUCAACACCAACCUCGGCAACAAGAGCAUCAGUCAGUGGACACAAGGAGACGUCGCUCGGCACCAGAUUGAAUAUGUUUUGAUCCCAGGGGUGAAUGCUACCGCAGACAGUUUCUUCUUUAAGAUUGAAGACAGGGGUAGCAACACACUUGGCAACCAGCCCUUCCAUCUCAACUGGGCCUGGAUCUCCCUGGAAGCUGAUAAACUCUUUGUUAAUGAGACAGGCAAGGAAUUAGAAGUGACCCUGAGACGAAGAGGUUAUCUGGGCGAGACAUCCUUUGUCACCAUAUCUGUUAUCAAUGGAACUGCUAAGGUUGGAGAAGACAUCAACCCUCGGUAUGCUGAUCAGGUCCAGUUUAAUCCUGGCCAGACAGAGAAGGUGUGGAGGCUGAGGAUCUUGGAUGAUGAGAAGUAUGAGGAGAGAGAGACCUUCAACCUGGAGCUGUCCAAGCCAGUCAUGGGUGUCCUUGAGUACCCAGAUGUGGCCAAGGUGACCAUCACAGACAAGGAGGAUGAAUCUACUGUUUCAAUCCCCGAGAAGGAGUACCAUGUGUCUGAGGACAUCGGGGAGAUCCUGAUCCCUGUGAGGAGAGAGGGAGAUUUGUCAGAUGAGCUCAUGGUCAUCUGCUCCACUGUUCAAGGGUCGGCAACAGGGACUACCCCCAGCACGGUGACGUCCUUCUCUGACUACAUCACCCGCAGCCAGGAUCACCGCAGCAUUGUCAGGUUCGACAAGGACGAGAAGGAGAAGUACUGCCACGUCAUGAUCAUCGACGACUCGCUGUACGAGGUGGAGGAAAACUUCACUGUCAUCCUCACUGAGCCCAUGGGAGGCAAGAUCGGAGACAACAAGACAACCGUUCUCAUCGAACCCGAUAAGAAUGAUGAGCCUACCUUCUACUUCGGAGAGUCUGAAUACUCCGUGGAUGAGAGUGACGGCUUUGUUGAGAUCAAGGUCUGGAGGACAGGUACUGACCUCAGCAAACCAUCGAGUGUCACUGUGAGGUCACGCCGUACUGAUCCACCAUCGGCAAAAUCUGGACUCGACUACAUCGCAGUCAACAAGAAUCUCGACUUCGCCCCUGGCGUGACAAUGCAGACAGUCCGUAUCACUGUGCUGGAUGACCUUGGCAAGCCAAGGUUAGAGGGCACAGAGACCUUCCAGGUCGUGCUGCGUAUGCCCAUGGCGGCCAUGUUGGGAGAACCAAGCAACUCUGUUAUUAUGAUCAAUGAUUCCUACUCUGAUGUUCCUUCCAUGCAAUUCAAGGACAGCAAGUAUGAAAGUUUUGAGAAUGAUGGCACCGUCAAGGCAUUUGUGGUGAGAUCGGGUGAUGCAAGUCACGUGUCAACCGUUCGUUGCUACACGCGUCAGGAUACUGCCAAGGUCAUGGACGACUAUUUUGAGAGGCCUAACACCAAUGCUUCCGUGAUUACUUUCAUGCCAGGUGAAUACGAAAAGAUCUGUGAAGUUCGUCUGACCAAUGACAGCAUCUAUGAGGAGGACGAGAAGUUCCGCCUAGUACUUGGCAACCCGCUCAGUCCAGGGUUUGGUAUCGCCAAGAUUGGAGAGAAGAACUUCACAACCAUCACAGUCAAGGACAAUGGAGAUAAAUCUGUGGUCAUGUUUGAGAAGACCAAGUUUGUGGUGAAGGAGCCCAUGUUUAAGGAAGAGACGUCCAUCGUGAAGAUACCAGUGAUUCGUGUCGGAGACAUAGGAGAGACGGCUGUCGUCACUGUCAACACCAAGGAUGGAUCAGCUGAUGCUGGCAAAGACUACAAUGGCAUCUUCAAAGUGCUGACAUUUGGCAAAAAUGUGUCGAGACAGGAAGUUGAGAUCGAGAUAUUGCAUGAUGGGAAAAAGGAGAUGAGAGAGGUAUUCACUGUCCAUCUCAAACACAAAAGUGGUGUCGCGGAGAUCAAGAAUCCUAAAGUGAUGGUGUUCAUUGAGGAGAGAGUGAAAGUAGCUGAUGUGACGUUCCCGUCACGCCCUGCUGUGGUGUCACUCCGAGACUAUGACAGUGUCACCGACACCCUGCGCAGCCCCAUACAGGGCUACCCUGUCGUCUGUGUUACACCCUGCAACCCCAAACACCCAGACUUCCUGAAGACAGGAGAGCUCUGCUCCAAGGAAGGCAUCAACAACACCCUGACUCUGUUCCGAUGGCGGACCUCGGCACCCACGGGUGCGGAUGGUGUGUCCAGUGACCUCAAAGACGUGUCAUCCAACACUUACUUUGCAUCUACUAAAGGCAUCGCCCUGGACAGUAUCUACUUCUCUGGUGGCAGCAGGAUCCAGUGUGGAGCCCGUGCUGUCAACACCGACGGUGACCCCGGCCUCGAGCUCCUCAGUGAGCCGGUCACAGUCAACACCGACAUGGGAAUCUGUGAACCGCAGGAGAUGAACUCCAUUGGCGCCGAGCCAUUUACAGCCAAAGUCCGAUACACAGGUCCGGAUGAUCCUAAGUACCCCAACAAGGUCCGUGUUGCCGUGACAGUCCCACACCGAGAUGGCAUGCUGCCGAUAGUAUCUACCCGACAACUGUCUAACUUCGAACUGACGCUGAGCCGAGACGGCACGCGUGUGGCCACACAUCGUUGCUCCAACCUGCUCGACUUUGAUGAGUACGAGACUGAGUAUGGUUUCAUCACCAACGCCACCAAGAACCCCAACAUCAUCGGCGAGACAGAGCCGUAUCAGUACAGCGCAGACAUCAGAUCGAAACCAACCCUCAGGUUCUACAGAAACCUGAACAUGGACUCGUGUUUGUGGGAGUUCGUCAGCUACUAUGACAUGUCAGAGCUUACUACAGACUGCGGUGGAGAAAUUAACACAGAUGGACAGGUGCUGAAUUCCAAGCAGUCAUAUGUAUCGAUGCGUGUACCGCUGUACGUGUCGUACAUCUUCCACUCCCCUGUUGCCACCGGCGGCUGGACCCACUACGACAUGCAGUCACAGUUACAGCUCACCUUCGUCUAUGACACCGCCAUCUUGUGGCAGAACGGAAUUAGCUCCCCUGAGGGAGAGUCAGGACUUCAAGGUUACCUGUACCCGACUACCAUGAGGAUUCGAGAUGAUGACCGCCUAUCUGUCACAUUCCGGACUGAGGCCAGAUUCAGGGGACAGUUCGUUCUUGGACACAAAGAGACAAAGUUGGAGUCCAUGGUUACCUCCCCUGACCAUCCAUCGCUGACCUUCACCCUGAAGCUUAUUCGAAGUGAACCUACCUUUGAGCAGCCAGAACAGCUCUGGGAGUUUGUGUCAGACUAUGCUGUGCGUGACUACUCCGGUCUGUACAAGAUCCAGCUCAUCCCCUGCACAACGUCUAUCAACCAAGAGUACUCCGUCCCGCCCAUCUGCAACCCACGCAACCACCUCAACUUUGACCUCCCAAUCAGGUUCCAGCAGGUCAGUGACCCAGUGCCCACCAAGUUCAGUCUGGACACAGACUUCCACCUGAUGCGGAAGAGGGCGUUGUGGCUCGGAGACGGAUCAAUGGGCUUUGGGGACGAGACAGACCCGGCCUUCACACCUGCCGACAAGAUCUACGGUCGGAUCAAUGUUGACCCUGUCCAGAACCUGGGCAGCUCGUUUGCUCUGACCAUCGAGAAGGUGUUCCUGUGUUCUGGGAAGGACGGCUACAUCCCCAAGUACGACCCCGCCAACAAGGAGUUCGGCUGUGUGGCAGAGAGCGAGAAUCUGCAGCACGUCUUCAAGAUUCUGGACAAGGGUGCCCCCUACACUCAGAAGGAGAGGUUCCGGGAUAUUCCUUUCAAUGCCAGGCUAGCACUUGACAAUGUGGACGCCACUGCGUUGGUCACACAGCCAGGAGCAGACGGCUUCUCUGUCGACUGUGAGCCAUUGUUCAAGGUUGAUGGAGGACGUCAAUGGUUCUUGCAUGCAAUCUACACUGUCCGUUCCAAAGAAAAUGCUGCUCGUGGAAUCGGUAAAAGAAGUAUUGAGUACCAUGCUGUUAUGGAUGCCUCCCGUGUUAGACGAGACACGAGGGAUGCUAACGGAAUGGGCAAAGAUGGAAAAGGAACUAACAUGGCGCGUGUGGAACUUUCUGCCCUGGACGAGCAAGGCGUUCAAGAAGUUGGAACCAACGUAGAAAAUGAAUAUCCAAUUUUGUUAAUCGUUAUCAUAUCAUGUAUCGGUUUGUUAUUAUUAAUCUGCAUUUUAAUCAUCGUUAUAUGUAUCGUUAGUCGUCGUAGGAAACACACGUCACCCCCACCGUCACCCACCAACACCAUCGUGGUUGCUGGCAGUGCAGGGUCCUCGCGUGUCGUGGCGGCCCAGCACUUUAACAACGAUAGGACUGAAGUGUAGCAGAUUACGUCAAGUGUUACAAUAAUAUCUACAUUACAUAUGAGGAGUAUUCUUUUUAUUUGCUCAAACUGUCAAAAUGGAACUGAAAGGAAAAAAAUAUAUAUAAAAGGAAUAUUAAUUGUGAGAAUUUUCUCAGAUUCCAUGUGAAAAAAACACUAAAGUAGAUUAUUCUAUUCUCAUUCCAUUUAGAAUUUGAAAUAUUGGAAGGAUACGUAACUUUGCAAAGGACUCAAUUGUUCAAAGAGUGAUAAGUAUAAGAACGACUAGUGCUAUGUGAAUUCGAUACUUGAUUGUUUCAUUAAAAGUAUUGUUUGUUCAUUCGAUACUUGAUUGUUUCAUUAAAAGUAUUGUUUGUUCAUUCGAUACUUGAUUGUUUCAUUAAAAGUAUUGUUUGUUCAUUCGAUACUUGAUUGUUUCAUUAAAAGUAUUGUUUCUCCACUAUGCACAGACAUUAAUGCCCGUAUAGGCCAAUCCAUGGUGCUAUCCAGUUUAUACUAAAUCCGCGUUUUUACAACUAACACCAUAAUUGUUUUUGUGAGAUAUUCUCCCAUGUUGAUAACACAUUGCUUUUGAGCUUUGCUGUGAUUUUCACUGACACAGCUAGUUAGGCUAUGCUCAAAAGGGAGAAAUUCAUUACAAAUGUUUUAAGAUAUUGAUGACAGUGUAUUAAAUUGUUUUUAUGUAAAAUGUUCAAAAUGACUCCAAGUAGUCUUCAACUAAGAAAUCUGUUUUUCAAAUUUUCAGUUAUUUUGAAAUGUUAAUGUCAAAGCCAGUUUCAGUUAGAUUUUAUCCGUUUUUAUCCAAUUUACAUGUCCUGCUUAAGGUGUAAAUUUUUUUAGUUUUGUUCUGAUAUUACCGGUAAUGUGUAUAUUGUGAAAACAAAGCAUGGGUUAAUAAAUUUAAGAUAAUUUUGACUUAGACAUUGUACGCAAAUGUUUCUUUGGCAGCACAGAAACUGCAGAUGGGAGCCUUUUUGUUUGGUGAAAAGAUCUGCUUCCCUAGUGUGAUAUUUUAUUUUUUGUUUUGAAGCAGGCAUAAAAUGCUGCCGUAUGAGAUGUUUGUCUAUGCGAUGAUUCUUAAGAAGCACCUGUUGGUUGCUUAUAACAAGGAGUGUCUGUAACCUAUGACCAGCUAUCUUGUGAGAUGGUGAAAUGUGUGUGAGCCUAGCUGCAUUUAGUUAAUCCCGUUCAGCGUUCCAUCCUUUGUUUCUUUCAGCAUCUUUGUUUUCGCAUACAGUUUCACCCCGUUCUUUCAGAUGUUUGUUCAGCAUUGUCAUAGUAACGAUGAUUUAACGGAUGAAUGAUACACAGUGCGUGUACACUCACAACAUUAACUAUUUACACAAAAUAUGUUGGCCUUUGUUUCAUUGAUGUUAAUGACAUCAAUAAUUAAACAACGUUAUCAAAAAUAUGUGUACACAUUAUUGGACAAGUAAACAUUAAUGGCCAUCAAGUUAAUAAUUUACAAUAACGAAAUUAGCAAAAUCAUUCAAAAAAUGUGAAGUUAUCUUUUAAUAUUUUGUUGACUACAGUUGAAAUUUUCAAUGUUCCACUAACAACCCAACCAUAAGUGAAUAUGAUUUUUAAUUUUAUUAAUUUUUAAUAAUCCCCGUUGAUAUGUCAUAAUGGAUAUGCAAGAAGAUGUGCCUUAUCAGAAACUGCCAUAUUGCAUUAUAAUGCUGGUGGCCCAGUAAGCAGUGUCAGCUUGUCACGGACAUGGUCUGUGUUUUAUUCCCACAUGAGCAGAAACUGUGGUGCCCUUGUGUCCCUUGUCUGCUUGUCAUCAUCUGAUGAAUGUACCGUAAUUUUGCUGAUACAGCUGAAUCAUGAAAUGUCAUGCUAAACAUUAUUUGUUAAAAACUAUUUUAACAUCGCUACUUACUGAAUACUUAAUGCAAGAUGUUCAAUUGUCACACAACAACGUUUCAUUUUUGUGGAAAAAAAUACCUUAAAAUAUGACAUGAUUUCUUAUGUGAAGCACCUUUGUAUGAAACUGAUAAUAUCCUGUUUCAUCAGCAAUGCAGUUUGUUAUACACAGUGUGAUACUCAUUAUGUUCUGGUUGUGUUGCAAAUGGGCUGUGGAUGAGAUGUUUUAUUAUAUUAUGUUCUGACUGCUUUGAUAGGCUGUUACAAGUCUCAAACAGAUUUUUAAAACUUUAAAUUAGAUCAAUAUUAACUAAAAAAAAACUUUUUGAAAAAGGGAUGUUUCACCGAUUUUAUUUUAAAGAUUUCUUUUGGUUUUAAUUUUUUUUUUCAAUUUGAAUAUAAAAUAUCUUAAUUUUAAAAAAAAUUGUAUUUUUAAAUUAACAAAAAAAUUAAAUCAUAAUUAGAAUAAAAUGUUGCCGUUCUUGAAAGACAACUCGGACAAUAUUAUUUUUCUGUGAAGUCCUGUUGCAUUUUUUUGGCCAAGAAAAAUAAUAGAUCUGGACUUGAGUCAUGAUUUAGGAAAUUUGAAACUGGUCAGAACAAGCAUCAGUAAAUGCUUUAGUUUAGCAAGGACAUGUCUGAAUGGUAUUCUAGUGCGCGGGAAUAUUGGUAGAGUAGUUGUGGGUUGAGCCAGUGUGUUGUAGUGGGACCCAGCAACCCAGGAGAAGGUGCAACAACCAUAAACCUACUUUUAAAGAGAAUUUUAUAUAUAAAUCAUUCAUUCCAGUUGUGUCCUGCUAACUGGGAUCCUUGUAAACAUGGCUGAACAAUGCUGGAACAUAGAACACAUGUAUUAUGUAAAUGAAAAUAAUAAAUCCAACUCAAAAGAAGUUAAAGAACACUUGACUCUUUCAUAUGACUAUAGGUAAUCUGUCAUGAUGUCUUUAACUUCUUUUGAGUAGUAUGUAUACUACUCAGUUUUUAAAAGGAAUUGUCCAGGUGAGGUCUGAAUGUGACCGACUCCUUUGGAGAUGUUGCCAUACUAAUAGUAUUCAAUAUCAGCAUGGAAUAGACAUGUUUUCAGCUUUGUUUCAUGUGAAAUAAAAAGGUACACAUUUCCGAAAGUUUUUAUCUGCAACCUCUUGAGAAUUUGGGUUGUAUAUUAUUAUAAGUACUUAGUAAUAAUAAAUUUUGAUAAAGUUUUGUAUAUGGUUUUGUGAAAGAGACUUGGUUUUGUACAACAAUAUUAGUUUUAUGGGUAGUAUUACAGUACAGUUCCACAUUGAUGCCAUGGGUCCAGCUUUUAGUAGGACAUGAUAAAUUAUUUAUUCUUCUUCAUAACUGAUCAUUAUUCAAUUUAGUAAAUUCAGAUUCAUAUAAAAGGUAAGGAGAGGUUGCUUGGAAACAGUGGUAAAAGGGAUGGCCAAGUUCAUCGUUACUAAUAUUUUGAUGUUGCCUAUUUUGUUUAGGAUUGGUGUGAAUUACCUAGCAACUUAUUGCAUAAUAUGGAGAUGUUUCUGAAAUGAUUAUCCUAAGAACAAUUAUUCAGUUGUGUUUGAAUUGAUGUAAGUAUUAACAUAGACGUUUGUUAUGUCUGUUUUAGUUAGCGAGUGAUAAUGAAUGUGCCUACAUCAAACCACAUGUUUAUAGCUCUCUUUUUUAAUCAGCUUUUUUAAAUAAACGCUUAACAAAUGAAGACUUUUGAUAAUAUUUGGAAAGAAUUGUCAUGAAUUUUGAAGAUUAUGAACAACAUGUAUAAGUUGUUUAUAUUUAUUAGUGAUCAUGUGUAGUGUUUUAUAUGUCUGGAUGUUUUAUUUCUUUCUUGUAAUGAUCUAAGUAGUAUUUAGAUUUCUGUAGCUGUUAGAACUACGACCGUAAGCAGUUCAAUGUGAAUAGAUUUUUACUUGGAUUGAGGAAGGUGUAUAUGAAGGUUAAACGAUUUCAAACCGUAAUGGAAUUUCAAAACUUUUAGUAUUUUAUGAGAAAAGAAGAAAAAUAUAUCAUGAUGAAACAUAUGAGAUCUGAAAAUUAUUAUUUUUCCUAGGGUACCAGAGACAGGAUAGGGUUUCCCUGCAAGGCUCUCCAAGUGCAUGGGUCAAGUUUAAUAAAUUUUACACAGUUAUAUAGGGGCGGUCGGGUAGCCUAGUGGUUAAAUUGUUCGCUCGUCAUGCCGAAGACCCGGGUUCGAUUCCCGACAUUUCUGGUGUCCCCCGCCGUGAUAUUGCUGGAAUAUUGCUAAAAGCGGCGUAAAACCAUACUCACUCACUCACUCACUCACUCACUCACAGUAACAUAACUGUCAUAACGCCUAGACUUCAACAUAACUCUAUGACAGUCCUACAGCUCUGACUGCUUUAUGAACCUGGACCCAGUUGUAAUGCCAGAUCAAGGUCAACACUAAUGGGGGGGCACGGGUGGCCCAGUCGUCUAAGGCGCCGCAAUUCGCUGUGCAGAGUUGCAUCCCUUGGGCACGCCAGAAACCUAUGAUUGUGGGUUCGAAUCCCGGUUCACCCCGAUUAUGUUUCUAGGUUUGUCAUACCAUACCCGUGCUCUUGGGUUUCACCGAAGUGGUAAACAUCUAAGACCUGCAUCACUUCGGGCUUUCCUCCCAGAUUAAGUUGACACGCCGUGAUAUGACUGGAAUACUGUUAAAAGCGGCGUUAACCCCAACUCACUCACUCACUCAACACUGAUGGUCACACCCUAUAUCUCCGACUGUUGUACUGGCAUAUAUGUAUUACAAACAUAAGGGACAUAACUCUGCUUGCAGUGUGUCCGCUGAACCGUUUUUUAAACUGCAGAUUAUCAAUAUUAGAUCUUAUGAUUAUAUAACUUGAGAUUCCAUUAACGGUGUAAGAUUGAAACUAAUACUACCUCCGAUAUUGCCAUAUCUCAUAUUGAAGUAAUUACAAAAACCUGCCUCCUACAUUUGUCAUAUUGUUUCACAGAUCAGGGACUUGCCUUCAAUGUGGCAUAAGAAACUUCAAAAUGUCAGUUAAUAUUUAGAAAGUAGAAUCUAUAUACAUUUAUGAUUUUUUACACUUGAUCAUAAAUUAUGACCAGUAAUUAGUCCAUUGUCAUGAAGUUUCAGAUGUAUACAAGGACAUGAAACUAAUUUGUAAAUCCUAGAUUUAAUGCGAGUCUGAUCCCAGUUAGUGGUUAAAGUGUUCACUCGUCAUGCUGAAGACCCGGGUUCAAUUCCCGACAUUGGUACAAUGAGUGAAACCCAUUUCUGGUGUCCCCAACCGUGAUAUUGCUGGAAUAGCGGUGUUAAACCAUACUCACUCACUCACUCACUCUUUUGGUUUGACGUGGAUGGCAGUCCAACCCCAGACCUUCUGCUUUCUGGGCAGUGACUUGGGCACUAGACCACAGGCAGUUUGAUUAAGAAAGGGGUCAAAGGGGUCUUGCAAAUAAUUAUGUAUAUGUGUAUGCAUAUGUAUACACACUGGCAUUAAAUGAAGGAUUUACAGCAGUUUGAAUGCACCUGUUAACCGACUGAAUAUUCAUAAGACUAUAAGUUUGAACCUACAGUGAUAUGAAUAUUCAGGUAUAUAUCUGGAACAGCAUGGCAAUAACUUGUGUAGUUCCUUAAACUUGACAUCAGUGAAGUAAUAAAUUUGUCACUUUGUGUAUAUUUUAGAUUUUGUUUCUGUAUUAACGAUCUCAGCCAUUGUUUGCCACAUUUUGAUGAGGACAUCUGGGAGUUAAUUGCUUUUGUGAUACAUAACAUCAGGCUAUUUUUGUUUCUUGUGUUGGGCUUUUUUUUCUUAUGACGAGACAGAAGACGAGAAAAAACAAAAACAAAUGUCAUGCUUGAUUUGUUAAUUCUUACAUUUUUAAAAAAAGGGUAAAAUAAAUAAUAAAGACAAAGUACAAAUGUUUUUGAGAGUAUAUACCUUUUUAUUCGUCUAUUUUUAUUACUCUUUAGGGUACUCGUUAAUAAGACAACAGUUAAGUUGGUCUGGACUUGAAGUAGGUUUUGAGAAUCAAAUAUAGGACGAAUGUCAGUUUUCUUUAUGAAAACAAAAUAUUCUUUUCUAGAUGUUUUUUUCAGAUUUGUCAAAGUUGUUAAAAAAGCACCUAACUCCCAUCAUCUACCUCUGAAUAUGUCCGUGUCAUAUUUAUAUUGUGUUCUGUUUUAGUCUGUCUCUCAUGAACGACAACUCUAUAGCCAGAAACAUGUUAAUUGUACGCCAGUACCCAAACCUACCUGUCAGGUCUGUUUUUCCGUGUUUCACAAGCAUUUGAAUGAGAUUACAAAGUUCAGCAAUGUUACAAAUAUUACAACCCUGAUUCUGGAUGUUUAGUUGCAUUGUUACUUGUCUAACGGCCUUCAGUACAGUGUUGAAAUAUUGCAGUAUUAGCAAGAAGUUUGUACAAAUUGUUUCCUACUUUCUGUACUGUAUAUCAUGGCUUUAAGUACUGAUCUUGUUUGUGAGAAUUAAGCAUUGGCUUAGUCACAUGUACAGUGCUCCUAAAUGAGGUUUUAAUAAAAUACACAAUGAA